AUGCCAAGGAUGCAGGAAGUGAUAGUGGCGAUACAAGAGGCGGUCAGGAUCGAGAGAGGAAACGAGAACGGGCUAAAGUCAUCGAGUUCGAGCAGCUCAAAGGCGCAGUCAUCUCGUAAGACGUUGCUCACUAGCUUCCUUGAGAUAGAGAGUCCUGACAUCUCAAGAAACAGCUUGGAGGAAAAUCAAGAAUAUGAAUACCCUCUUAUCCAAUUGUUUCAUGUUGGAGACACUCUCGUGUGGAAGUACGAUGGGGAAAAGGACUCGGUUCCGCAAGUGACGAAAGAGGCGUACAUUAACUGCAACACCACAAACCCAGCAGCCAGUUACACCAAUGGAGACAGAAAGGUGAAGCUAGAGAGAUCUGGACCUUUCUUCUUCAUCAGUGGCUCUAAGAGCAACUGCGUCCAAGGCGAGAAGCUUCACAUUGUUGUCAUGUCAUCUCGUGGUUGUUUCUUCACUUGGGGCACUGCCCCUUCUCCGGCACAUUCUCCGGCUCUUUUGGAAGCUCAAGCUGUUCUUCCUCCUGCAACUGGUUCUUCUUCUUCUUUGACUAGUCGGAUUGGGGUUUUGGCAUUUGUUGGAUUAGCAAUCGUUUAG